GCGAUUUAUUAUUAUUAUUUUUUAUGGCAUGUUAAUUUAAAAUCGAUUUUUAUAAACUGAUAGCUAUUUUGUUUUAAAUGUUGGAAAUCGUUUGGAUUUUAAACACCAUCAUCUGUACAGCUCUUUGUCAAUGUGAUAAACCCCUUAUUGUGAAUGACUGGGUUGGUCAAAUUCAGUCACCUGGUUAUCCAGAAUAUGCUAGUGGUCUGGACUGUAAAUGGAUCAUAGCUGUAUCAAAUGGAAACCUCAUAAGUGCAGAGUUUCGAGAUUUUGGGAUGUCGCUGUAUCCAAAUGCUAAAAGAGACUUGGAUUGCAAAGACGCAACAGACUGGGUUAUUGUGAGAGAUGGAAAUACUACAGAAAGUCCAUUAAUUGACAAACUUUGUGCAUGGAGAAUAGGGAAAAAAAUAUUGUCAUCUAAAAAUUAUAUAUUUAUACACAUGAAAACUCAAGAAAGACACCGUGGUUUUCGACUCGAUUACCAAGGUAUUUGUACCUUAAAAAUGAAGUUUUAUGAAGGAAUAAUUGAAAGUCCACAAUAUCCUAGAAGUUAUCCAUCAUCUUCGUUGUGUGAAUGGACAAUUGAUUUUGGAUUUGGAUUCAAUACUAGGCUAUAUUUUACCAAGUUCUAUCUUGAAAAAUCAAAUUGCAGUUAUGAUUAUGUUGCUAUUUUUACUGGACCCAACAGUUCAUACCCAAUGCUUGGCAAACAAUACUGUGAGCUGGCACCUCCACCUUUAACUGUACUAGGGCCUAUGACUAUUGUUUUUAGAUCAGAUCAUGAUACCGAACUUGAAGGGUUUCAGGCUUUAUAUUCAGCUUCAGAUGUGAAUGAAUGUAAUUUUGACAAUAAUUGUCAUGCAUUCGCUUUUUGCACUAACACUUUUGGCUCUUAUACAUGCACAUGCAAGUUGAGCUUUGAAGGUGAUGGCAUUUCAUGCGCAUGGUACAGAGAUUUUAAUGAGUGUCUUGAAGGCAAAAAUAAUUGCCACCAAAAUGCAAACUGCAUAGAUACUAAAGAUGAUUAUGAAUGUCUUUGUAAAAGUGGAUUCUCUGGUGAUGGAGUGAAGUGCUCAGAUGUAGAUGAAUGUUCUGAGAAAUUACACAACUGUCACACCAACGCUACUUGCACUAAUACAAUUGGCUCUUUUAAAUGUAGUUGUAUUGAGGAGUAUGAAGGUGAUGGUAUUAACUGUGAAGAUCGAGAUGAAUGUCAAAUGGAGUUAGACAUAUGUCAUAUCGAUGCAAAUUGUUUGAAUACAGAUGGUUCUUAUUCUUGCAUGUGUAAAACUGGUUACCUAGGAGAUGGAAUAAACUGCCAUGAUGUCAAUGAAUGCAAAACAUCUUCCCAUGGUUGUGAUGCUAAUGCAGAUUGUACAAAUACUAGAGGAAGUUACAAAUGUUUUUGCAGGAAAGGAUAUAAGGGAGAUGGAUUUACUUGCACAGAUGUGAAUGAAUGUGUUCAGGAUAGUUUUCAUAACUGUCAUAAAGAUGCUGAUUGCAUUAAUUCGGUUGGUUCAUUUCAUUGUACUUGCAAAAAUGGCUUUGAAGGAAAUGGUGUCACCUGUAGAGAUAUAAAUGAAUGUGCUCUUGAUCUUGACAAUUGUCAUAGAGAUGCAACAUGUUCAAACAUUAAUGGCUCUUUUUUGUGUCUGUGCAACUAUGGAUUUGAUGGAAACGGUACAUACUGCAAAGAUGUUAAUGAAUGUCUUUUGGGUACUCACCACUGCCAUAAAGAUGCUUUAUGCUUAAAUAAUAAAGGUUCAUUUCAGUGUUCUUGCCUAGAUGGAUUUAAUGGUGAUGGAAUAAAUUGUCAAGAUAUUAAUGAAUGUGCUGCACAAACUGACAACUGCCAUACAGAUGCAACAUGCAAUAAUACACUAGGUUCUUUUUUAUGCAACUGUAAACAUGGGUUUGAAGGAAAUGGUACAUACUGUAAAGAUUUAAAUGAGUGCUUGCAAGGAAAACAUAAUUGUCAUAUGGAUGCAAGUUGUUUAAACUUAAAAGGAUCAUUUCAAUGUUCAUGUAACAAUGGAUAUAUUGGAAAUGGAAUACAUUGUCAAGACAUUGAUGAAUGUUUUAACAACUCUUGUCAUAAAGAUGCAGCAUGUAAAAAUACAUUAGGUAGUUUUCAAUGUAAAUGUCAUGCUGGAUAUAAUGGAGAUGGUCAUCUUUGUGAAGAUAUAAAUGAGUGUGAAAGAGGAAAAAAUAACUGUCAUGAAAAUGCGUAUUGUGAAAAUAAACAAGGAGGAUUUUCUUGUACAUGCUGGAGUGGAUACAAAGGUAAUGGAACCCACUGUAGUGAUUUGAAUGAGUGUGUUUUAGAUCAUAAAUGCUCAGAAAAUGCAUAUUGCACAAAUACAAAAGGAUCAUACAAUUGUACUUGUAGUAUUGGAUAUAUUGGGGAUGGUACUAUAUGCAAAGAUGAUGAUGAAUGUCUUUAUAAAUCUAUAUAUUGCCAUAGUGAAUCUAUUUGUACAAAUAGUAUUGGUUCUUAUAAAUGUGAGUGUAAAAAUGGAUUUCAUGGAAAUGGUGUUGUUUGUCAAGAUAUAAAUGAAUGUGUUGAUCAACAUAACUGCCAUAAAGAUGCCAUAUGUUCAAAUACUUAUGGGUCAUUUCGUUGCAUGUGCAGAGAAGGUUUAUUUGGAAAUGGAACUUUUUGUCAAGAUAUAUUAGAAUGUUCCACCUAUAACAAAUGUCAUUCUGAUGCUAUUUGUAUUGAACAGUAUGCAUCAUAUUCCUGUGUUUGCAAAGCAGGUUAUGAAGGAAAUGGACAAACAUGUGCAGAUGUAAAUGAAUGUGCAAUAAAAGAUCUCAACAUUUGUAGUAAACAUGCCACAUGUAUAAAUACACAUGGCUCUUUUCAAUGUAAAUGUAUUGAUGGCUUUAUAGGUGAUGGUUUUGUUUGUGUUGAUGUGAAUGAAUGUGAGGAAGGUGAAGACAACUGUCACAGCAUGGCUAAUUGCAUAAACACAAUUGGUUCAUUCAAAUGCAAUUGUACAAGUGGUUUCCAUGGAGAUGGGUUUAAAUGUGAAGAUACAGAUGAAUGUAUUCUUGAUAAAAAUAUUUGUGACAAAGAGAAAGGUUUUUGUAUAAAUACCAAUGGUUCUUAUGCAUGUGGUUGCAAAGAAGGAACAGUUGGAGAUGGAGUUUAUUGUAGAGAUUUAUUAUCCAUGUACUUAAUCAUUGUGUCAAUCUUGAAUCUUGAUUGGAAUGUUGAUCUGUAUGAUAAAUCAUCUUUGAAGUUUAAUAAAACAUCAGAUUAUAUUCAGCAUCAGAUAGCAGAAGUUUACAAAAGUGAUCUUAAUUACAUGACGUCUCGUGUUCAUAGAUUAAAAUAUGGCAGCAUACGUGCAUCUAUAAUUGUAGAGUUCAUUUCUGAUGUUAAAAAUUCUAUUGAUAAGUUAGAAACUGCAUCUAAGAGAGGAAUGAUUGGUCACUUAAAAAUUGAUCCAAGUUCCAUUAAACUUAACAAAUUAGGUGCUUGUAAUCCAGGCUGCUCUUCUAAUGGGUAUUGUGUUAAUUCUACUGAUAUAAAGCAAAGCUGUGUAUGUCAUGAAGGGUUCGAAGGAGAUGGAUAUAUUUGUUUAGAUUCAAAUGAGUGUUUGAUAUUAAAUGGUGGUUGUCAGCAAGAAUGUAACAAUCAUGUAGGAGGAUAUUCUUGUUCAUGCAGCAAAGGAUUUAUACUAAAAUCAGAUCAAAAGUCAUGUCAAGUAAACACUAACUUAUACAACAUUACAAGUUAUUGCAAAAAAAGUUUUGAACAAGGUAUUUCAUGGCCAGAGACUGUUGGCGGUCAAACCAUUCUAGAUUAUUGUCCGAAGGAUUGUAAUCAUGGUUUUGCAGCUCGUUAUUGCAAUGAAGAUGGAUCAUGGAAUCAACCUGAUCUUUCUCAGUGUGUAAAGAAAUCUUUGUCACAAAUACACCAAAGAAUGAAGGUGAUGUUUAACACUGAAAAAAAUACUACUGUAUUUUGGGUUAUUACAAAUACAAUUAUGGUUUCUUUGUUAAAAGAGACAAUUCCAGAAGUCAAUGUUCUUUAUGGUGGAGAUAUACUUGAAAUAAGGAAAAUACUGUCUGCAGUUUCACUUAAAGCUGCCAAUCAUUUUGAAGCUGCCAUUCAACUUAAAGAAAAAAGCUUAAUUGACCUAAAUACUUUUCUCAAUGGUAUUAAUUCAAUAGUGAGUAAUAUCUUGGACAUAAAAAACCAUUAUGUGUGGCAUGGGUUGCCUCAAAGCAUCAAGGUAUUAAAUGAAUAUUUAAGCGAGUUAGAUGGUCUAGCAGGUGUCCUUUCAAAAGUAAUGAUUGACAUGAUGAAAAAACUAUCCAUAAAAGAACCAGAGUUUAUUGACAAACUACAACUUUAUUCCCAAAGCAGUGAACUUGAAAUUUACAUUCAAAUUGUUGAAACAAAGAAGUUUAAUGCGUCUUAUGUUGUGAAUUCUUUUGGAUCUACUAAAAAUGUUGUGAAAUACCCAGAAAAUCUUUUCCAGAAUGACAUUAAAAGUCAGACAAAGAAACAGGGUAGUUUUAGAGAUAUUGGUUGUUGGGCUGAUUAUUCCCACGAUUCUUCGAUAUUAAAGUUAGAAGCAAAAUAUGAAAGUCUUAAAGACAGUUUCAUGAAUAGAGUCAAUGCGAUAGAAAAAUGUGCUAUUGUAGCUAACAGUUUGCAAUAUAAUGUGUUUGCAAUUCAGGAUGGAGGUAUGUGUUUAUCAGGUCCACAUUUUCACUUAACUUAUUCUAAAGAUGGAUUGGCAACAAAUUGUGUAGAUGGAAAAGGUGGAAGAUUGGCAAACAGUGUAUAUGAACUUCAAAAAUUCUACUCAGGAUUGCUCACAAUAUCUCAUAGAAGUUUAGGAAAACUUCUCAUGGAGUUGACACCUAAAGAUGACCCUCUAAUAUCUUCAUCAACCACCGAAGUUGAAAUAUCACAGGUUGUGGUAUCCACUUCUGUUUUAUCUAAUCAGCAUGUGAAAACUGCAACUCCAAUAUCCAUUAGAUUUUUCGAUAAGAAGUUUGCAACAGAUAAAGCUUAUUGUAUUCAACACUUAAUUGAAAAUGGGAUAAGUUAUUGGUCAAGAGAUAACUGUAUAUCUUACUACAUUGAAAAUGAAAUUAUUUGUAAUUGUACAGUUUUGGCACUACAAACUAUAAUUUAUAAUUUUACUCUUGAAAAGAGUGAUUCACUCAAGAGUGUAUCUUACUAUGAAAUUUUAUCAUAUGUUAGUUUUGGCUUGAAUUGUUUAUGUCUUCUAACUACGCUAUUAGUAUUUGUUAAAUUCAGGUUGGCAAAAAUUGUUUUAUUUUUUCAACUCAACUUAAUUGCAGUGUUUCUACUAACAGAGGCUCUAUUUAUUUUUGGUCUUAGCAAUGAGCUGCAUUUUGUUGGAAAUAAAUGGUGCAAAGCUGAAACUGUGUUGUUCCAUAUUUUGUUGACAUCACUUUUUUCAUGGCUGCUUGCACAAAGUUGGUAUACUUAUGUGCAUUUAGCUUAUUGCACUAAAAAAAGCAGCAAGAAUAGAUUGAUAACAUCGGCACUUAUUGGAUAUGGUUUUCCUUUUUUUGUUUCACUUUUUGGAUUAGCUGUAUUCUAUGAUAGCUAUGGAUUAAACACUAAAUUUUGCUGGAUUUCAAACACACUGCUUUUUUCACUCUUUAUACCACCAAUAUCAUUGUUAGUUAUUAUCAACAUUGUAUUUCUUGGCAUGAUUGCAGGAGUUUACUUUUCACAUCGAUUACCUGCAUUUUUUUGCCAAGAUAAGUCAAUUACUACUAUUGUUGAUGAUGAUGAAACAUAUCAUAUAAGAGAUAAUAUUUACGGAUCAGUUAUUCUUCUACCUGUUGUUAUUAUUACAUGGAUGUUAGCGUGCUUAAAAAUGACACAACAGAGUUUAUACAUUAAAUAUGCUUUUCUAUUCUUUAAUACAUUACAGGGCAUAGUAUACCUGAUUUCUUACUGCAUUUUUAACAGAGAGAUAAUGAAAAGCGAUAAGUUAUGGGGUUAUAGUACUGACUAUGUGGACUCACCACCCACUUCAGCUAUUAGGCCGAUGAGAGCACAUAAGCUUACUAGUCACAACAACCAUGGUUUAGAACUUUCUCCAAGGCUUACAAAAGCAAUAGCGUACGAUGGAAAGAAUAUUAUUCCUCAGGAUAAAGGAUGCAUACCAAAUGAAGUAUACGAAGCUCAGAAACAAUGGUGUACCACAGAAGCUGAUUGAUACACGUAGAGUAAUCAUGUAUAUAAAUUUUAUUGGCGAAAUAAUACUGCGAAUUUUGGAAGUUUACAUUAUGAUUUAGAAACUUUUUUACGUUUUAUUAUCUGUUUUUGAAUUUUAUCUUUGGUGUAACUAAUUUAGCAGAAUUUAAGUUAAUGAACAUUUUAACUUA